AGUACGCGAGUGGCGGAAGUUUGUACGCUCACAUGAAUCACCAACAUAGCGGACCGGAGCGGAUUAGCCUUGUCCCAAGCGUUCGAACGGCAUGACGAGCAUCCACGAUCGAUGUCGUUGCACUCACUCCUUCACAUGACUUAAAUGUCCCUGCGUGGAGCUUCAAUUAGAUAAGAAAAAGCACCGCGGAGAAAUCGAGUGGCAAGAUCAACACGCUGUCUCACAGUGCGUUGUUUGAGUGAGCGGUGCGGCAGCAGCUGAGCAUUGCAACGGGAUGCGAAGAUGCUGCUGUCCCUGGGAAUGCUGAUGCUGUCGGCCACGCAGAUCUACACCAUCUUCACCGUCCAGCUCUUUGCUUUUCUCCACCUGCUGCCUGUGGAAGCCGACAUCACAGCUUACUCAUUUGAGAACAAAACUAAGACCUUUGAUGACCUCUCGUCAAGGUUUGGAUACCGACUACCUAGCGAUGGAUUGAAGGGCUUCCUGAUUGAUGCCCGACCAGCAAAUGCAUGCCAGCCCAUCGGCCCCCCGCCCAGGGACAACUUGACGGGUGCCUUCGUUGUCCUUAUCAAACGCUUUGACUGCAACUUUGAUAUUAAGGUCCUCAAUGCACAGAAAGCUGGGUACAAGGCGGCCAUUGUUCACAAUGUGGACUCCAAUGACUUGAUCAGCAUGGGCUCCAAUGAUCUGGACAUAAUGAAGCAGAUUGAUAUUCCCUCCGUGUUCGUGAGUGAAGAGACGGCCAACUCUUUGAAAGAAGACUACCUAUUUGACAAAGGGGGGCGUGUGAUUCUCAUGCCAGAUUUCAGCCUUCCGUUGGAAUACUACUUGAUCCCCUUCCUCAUCAUCGUUGGAAUCUGCCUCAUCCUCAUUGUUGUCUUCAUGAUCACAAAGUUUGUCCAAGAUCGACACAGGGCUCGGAGGAGCCGCCUCCGCAAAGAUCAGUUGAAGAAGCUUCCGAUCCACAAGUACAAAAAAGGAGACAACUAUGAUGUGUGCGCCAUCUGCCUGGACGAGUAUGAGGAAGGAGACAAACUGCGGGUCCUGCCAUGUUCUCAUGCCUACCACAGCAAAUGUGUGGACCCCUGGCUGACUAAAACCAAGAAGACGUGUCCGGUGUGCAAGCAGAAGGUAGUCCCCUCGCAGGACGACUCCGACUCUGACGAGAGCGGCGGUGAAGAGAAUGACGAGGCGUCCGAAAGCACUCCGCUGCUGCGCUCGCUAGCCUCCACCAGCGCACACUCUUUCGGCACCAUGUCGGCGGCGUCCCGCUCCGACCACGACCAAGGGGAGUCCUCAGAAUAUGAGGACAAUGAUCUGGGUGAAAGCAGCGAAGGCGAGGAGGAGGUCACCGUGGUAGUCCAGAUGCAGCGAUCAAGCCCGGAAGACCACGAUCUUGACCUGCUUCGAGCUUGACCCUUUCUUGGGGACAACUCACUUUUGACCUUGAUAUACUCUCCUUACAUAUUCAUAGGUACUGUAUAUUUGAUUUCAAGAUGGCGAAUGAAGCGUUGAAGGAAGUCUGCUGCGCACCUGUGAUAGGACUACACACGCAAUGACUGUUUAAGAGUCACAAAUACGAGAUACACUCCUACGGGCCAAGGCUAUAUCCACAUGAGCACUGCGUAAAUACACAUGACUAUAUAUAUAUAGAUGUAUAUACACAUAUAUAUAUAUAUAUAUACACAUAUAUAGAGAGAGAGAGAGAUCUUCAGUAACGUCACAUACGUACAUACACGACAACAAUACAGUACAUGUAUAUGCUCGUCAAGCAGCAUUUAAUUUCAGGAGCAUUUAAAACCAUCAAGUAUGCAUUCAAUUAAGAGCAGGAAACCAAAUUUAUAGAUUGUCAAAAAUAAAAAGAUGAUUUAAAAAUACUAAAUAAAAUGCCACCCAAAUUACGCUGUGUGAUCUUAAGUUUGUCCAAUAAAUUGCACAAUGUCAAAGUUUCAUAUAAGACACCAACCAAACAAUAACAAAACUAUUCUUUGAAAAUCAAGUUAACGGAUCAUUUGCAUUUUGAGAAUUGGCUACACAACAGCAAAUAACCGACGAUGUUGAGCAGCUGAGAUUGAACAAACUUUCGUGCAUGAAGGUGACUACAAUGCGGCAUUAUAAAUUGCAGGUGAGCGGAUUGAUACAUUUUUGUAUCUUUAUCAUUUUAUUUCGUUACCAUUAAUACUAAUGAAAUAAAAUGACAAGAAGAAAUGUAAACAUUCAUUUACUCACCAAUGUAGUCCCUGUUCACUGAGCUGCACAUCUACGCGAGUGUCCCCGUUUUUUAAACGCACCGUAGUUUGUAAGUGCCCAGCCGUGCUGUGAUGUUUCCUUGCUGCCUUGGUAAAACAACUUAAAUGGGUAAAUCCAGUGUGGCUCCAAACACCAAACCGGUCCGUUGCAAGCAUUAGGCAUUCCCAGCAGUACAAUUUGCAGCGUUUCUCAGAGGCUGUGAGUCACGGGUACCGUUCAUAAUUGCUCAUCUGAAAAUGACGGACAAACCCUUUACCUUGCUGGGACAGACUAGCUAGCGCAGGAGUUGGGCGACAUCUUCGCACAAUAUCCAGCUUUUCGUGGAAGGUCCGUCUUGAAAAUUUUGUGGAAAGUAGUUCCGCAACCAGAUCAAUGUCGGCCGUUUUGGGUUAAAAUGCAGUGAUAGCUCCCUCUAGCAGGCGCUAAUCCAAUCACCGAACGCGCACGUCCAGUCUCGACGCAAGGCAUUCUAGCUGGCCCCGGUGCGCAGACUCGUGAUCUGAUAGGCUAUUGCAAGCUGACUGUGCCCGUUCAUUUUCAGCGCACAGGGGCCUGCUCCGUUUAAUCUGAAGGCCCCUGGCAAGUUUAAUUUACCUGGCAACACAAGCUAGCUGAAAUAGUCAUAAUAAAUGUUAUUUAUCGAGUGGCUUUCAAUGUUAUUUAAAAUAACAUUAAAAGCCACUCGACUAAGUGGAAAUAAUAUGACGUAAAGAAUACAGAGAAUAAUUUUGUUUACAUAUUUAUGAAAAUAAAAUAACAUGAAUUAAAUUUGUUAUUGUAUGAAUGUUUAGGCCAGCAGAGAAGGCCAGCAAGACCUUCUCUGCUGGCCAGAGACACACACAAAUAUAUAAAACUGUUGUUCUCCACCGUAGUUUUUUUUAUUGUACAUACACAGAUGCAAUGGCUCUGUAGCUUCUUUUUUGAAGCAGCAUGUGUUAAAAAAACUGCAUAUUUUGAAGUUUCACCUCUCUGGAAAGUCAUGUUGAGAAAUAAGUCAGUAUUACAAUAAAGUUUUAAGUACACAAAAAAGUGUCAUUUCAUCGAUGUAAUGUUAUGAGGGGAAAAUGUUAUACUGUAUUUGAAAUAUUUUCAACAAGAAAAUGAUCAAUUCAAUUUGUACCCAUAACCUCUUACCUUCACCGUCGCUUGAUGUAACUGCAAUCAAUCAUCAAAAUUUAUGCAACCACACCCUAAUUCAAAAUAGUUGCCAGUAAUCGGUGAAAUGAGACCGUUCGUCCCACCUG